UCUCCCUUGGCUUCCUUCCUUCUCUUGUCAUCAAACGAAGAAGAAGAAGAAAUUUCCUUUCUUUCUUCCCAGAAUCUGCCCGCGACAAAUUUUUUUUUUUUCAUUUCUGGGUAAAGUGUACGCGGGCAGAUUUCUUUCUUCUUCCUUUUUUUUUUUUGGUUCAUGUGAAAUAAUCUUGGUAGGAUCAAAACCAGAGAGACCCGCUUGGACAGACAACAAACAAUCUUUUUUUUUUUUUUGGGGACCUGGGCAAGAUCAAAAAUCUCUUUGAUUAUUGUUGUCCUUUUGGGUGUUGUAGGGAAUAUUUAAGAAUAAUUUUUUGUCUUUGUUCCUUAAAUUACUGGUGAUGGGUAUUGUUUCGGUUGAUUCACAAGAAGGUGGUGGGCGUUCAUGGGUUGGAUUAAAGAGUUUGGUGAGGAGAAAACAAGUGGAUUCUGCUCAUUCUAACUCACGCCCUCAUCAAUUGGCCAAGGAGCUAUCUGUUCCUUAUCUUAUCGCUAUUGGAGUUGGCUCAACAAUUGGAGCCGGAGUCUAUAUCCUUGUUGGAACAGUUGCUAGAGAGCAUUCUGGACCGGCCUUGACCAUUUCAUUUUUAGUGGCUGGAAUAGCUGCUGCUCUUUCAGCAUUCUGCUAUGCCGAGCUCUCAAGCCGUUGCCCUUCCGCGGGGAGUGCUUAUCAUUACUCUUAUAUUUGCGUUGGAGAAGGUGUUGCUUGGUUGGUUGGUUGGGCUUUGAUACUGGAGUAUACAAUUGGUGGUGCAGCUGUUGCGCGAGGGAUAUCUCCGAAUCUGGGAUUCCUUUUCGGAGGAGAGAACAAUCUGCCUGCUUUUCUUUCUCGUCAGUACAUCCCUGGGCUUGACAUUAUGGUCGACCCUUUUGCGGCUGUUCUAGUACUUGUUGUCACUGGGCUAUUGUCUGUGGGAAUCAAGGAGAGUACACUGGCCCAAGCGAUAGUGACAACAGCAAAUGUAUGUGCGCUGCUAUUUGUCAUAAUAGCAGGUGCUUACUUGGGCUUCAAGACUGGAUGGGUUGGAUACGAACUUCCUGUUGGGUAUUUUCCCUUUGGGGUAGAUGGGAUGCUUGCUGGGUCUGCAACGGUGUUCUUUGCCUACAUUGGUUUUGAUUCAGUUGCCAGCACUGCUGAAGAGGUCAAAAACCCUCAACGAGAUCUGCCGCUGGGUAUUGGCGCUGCACUAUCCCUUUGUUGUGCAUUGUAUAUGUUGGUCUCUGUUGUUAUUGUGGGUUUAGUCCCUUAUUAUGCAAUGGAUCCUGAUACUCCCAUUUCCACUGCAUUUGCUAGCCAUGGGAUGCAAUGGGCUGCGUAUGUGAUAACUGUUGGAGCGGUUACUGCACUCUGCUCAACAUUGAUGGGUUCGCUUCUUCCUCAGCCACGUAUUCUGAUGGCAAUGUCUAGAGAUGGGUUGCUGCCAGGAUUUUUUGCGGAGGUUAACAAACGCACACAAGUUCCCCUCAAGAGCACGGUGGCAACUGGAAUAGGGGCUGCAGCAUUGUCGUUCUUCAUGGAUGUUUCACAGUUAGCGGGAAUGGUCAGCGUCGGUACACUCCUUGCAUUUACUAUGGUAGCAAUAUCUGUAUUGAUACUCAGAUAUGUCCCACCGGAUGAGAUGCCAUUGUCAUCAUCACUUCAGGAUUCGUUUGCUUCACACUCAUUGCAGUAUGGUAGGAGUACUAAGGGGAUCAACGGGGAAGAUCCUGUGGUUAUCGUCGGUUCUUCCAAGGAUAGUACUCAACCUCUACUUGAGCAAGUGGACAUAUCAGUUGAAAUUCCUCUGAUAUCCAAACAGCUAAAUCUAGGCAAUUAUGUUAUGAAUGAAAAGAAAAGGCGAGAAAUUGCAGGCUGGACAAUAAUGUUGACAUGCAUUGGGGCCUUUCUCCUAACAUAUUCGGCUUCAAGUUUGGGCCUUCCCAGCUUUCUUCGUCUCACACUCUGUGGAGUUGGCGGCAUUCUUCUUUUACUUGGCCUGAUCGUGCUGACAUGUAUAGAUCAAGAUGACGCACGGCACAACUUUGGACAUACAGGAGGUUUCAUUUGUCCGUUCGUUCCAUUGCUGCCCAUUGCAUGUAUUCUCAUCAAUGUCUACCUCCUAAUAAACCUCGGAGCUGCUACUUGGUUGCGAGUUUCGGUAUGGCUAGUCAUAGGGGCAUGUGUCUAUGCAUUCUACGGCCGUACGCACAGCUCUCUUCGUGACGCAGUUUAUGUCCCGGUAGCACGUGCCGAUGAAAUCUAUCGCAGCUCGGCAAGCUAUGUGGCUUGAACACUGUUGUGGAUGACAAUGCAUGUGUUGUCUGGCUUGUAGAAGAUUUUUUUUUCUUUUAAUUUAAAGUGAUAAGUUCUACAUGAAUUUCCGAUCACGCAUUAUUUAUUUGUUUUUUAAUCUCUUAGAAAGGACUGAAAAAAUUUAGUCCUCCAGUGUAUGAUAGAUGUUGUUUAUGGUUGUAGCAAGGGCAUGCUCCUGCAAUGUAAAUAGCGUCUCCAAUCAACAAAUUCUAUUUUAUUUA